CCCGUCUUGUCAGAACAGCGCUACUUCCGGGUUGUCGUUGACGGGUCAGAGGUCGCAGCACAUUGUUGUGUUCCUGCUCCGGAUCCUGCGUGUAGCUGUGACCGGUCCGAGCCGGUGAUGUGAUGGCUUCCCUGGGCUUGUUCCUGAGGAGGCAGCUGCCCCCGGCCCUGGCUCACUACGCCCGGGCGGUGAAGCUCCGGCCCCGGCCUCCCUGCGCCGGGGCCCCGCUGCUGCGGAGGCUGCACGGCCCGGGCCGGCUGCGGACCCCGGAGAAGGGACCGUGGGGGGGGAAGAGCCGGGGGCCCGAGCUGCAGCAGUACCCGCUCACAGACCUCGAUAAGGCCGACGCUUUGAUGCUGAGAAAGUCCCAUGAAACAGGAUUCCUGUCGUGGUUCAGGAACGGUCUGCUAGCCACGGGGAUCGGAGUCAUCGCGUUCGUCCAGAGCGAAGUGGGACGAGAAGCCGGCUACGCCUUCUUCAUCCUGGGGGGGGUGUGCGUGUCGUUCGGCGGCGCCUCUUACCUCGGCAGCCUCUUCGUCCUGCGGAGGAUGAUGCAGCUCUCUGUGCCGGCGCUGCUGCUCCAGGGGGCCUCGGUGAGCAGCGUCGCCCUCUUCUGGCUGUGCGCGGUAUCUCUCUACAUCGGCCGCCUUGAGGUGGAGAUCAUCCACGAUGAUGAUGAGGAGGGGGGGGCGGGAGAGGAGGAGGACGAGUGCCGCGAGUGCCGCGACAGGCGGGAACACCGGGGCUACAGAGGCUCCCACAGCGGUGAGGACAGUGACAGCAGGGGGCCGGCCAAGUAGACAACUGCCAGGGAUGGAGAGUGUGUGUGUGUGUGUGUGUGUGUGUGU